ACAAAUGUGCAUCUUUUCUUAGAGACUGUCGAAUUUUCAACAUUUUUAAGAUAUUAUUUCUGUUUCCUGUAACUUCAACUUCCUAAAUCAACUCUCCACUGUAUUAUUUUUAACGCGGAAGUGAUUUAUGAUUUAUCUUUACUUUUGCUCUGCUCUGCAUUCUACAAAAAACGGCUACUUUGUGAGCUAACUAAAGCAUUGUUCUUUACUAUUAUCCAAUUCACGGCCUGCGAUUGAUUUUUUUGAUUGCCGCCUAAAAUCCAUAUUAAAAUUUCACAUCUGUCUCAUUGUAUAUUAUUUACGUGACUGGGAGAUUAGCGUUAAGUGUCAGGGCUGUAGACAACACAUUAUGCCUGAAUAAAUACAAGAAAAUAUCGAUGCGCCUGAUUCGAAAUCCAACAUGGUCUCUCUGAGUUCGUGAAAAUUCUAUCAUGUUAUGAAGCGUAAAAAUCGUUUGUGGAAAAUGGUUGGAAAGACUAAGAAACUCUCAAUAGCAAAGUAUUUGUUUUUUGGAUUAUUGCUUUUGUGUUUGACUUUUGUGACUUCUUUAUUAUAUUUCUCGGAUAGUUCGUCACCUGAAAAUGAAAAAAGUGAUGUAAAUUAUGCCAAAAUUGCACCACCAGAGUUUUCUGAAGAUAUGUUGGAUUUCGAAUUGGAAACAUGCUUUUUCACGAAACCUUCAAUUAUAACUAAUUCAACUUUAUCAACUUUUAAUCACAGAAAGGAAAUAUAUUCACAUGAAGAGAUUUCAAAGUCUCCUGUGAUAAAUAUACUUCUGCAGUUCGCUGAGUUUUCUUAUGAGUUAGAUAUAGAACCUAUCAUAAUAGAACCUUCAUUGUUGUUUUGUGUUUUAUCACCCUCAUUAAAAAGCCUGCUUUUGAAGAGAAAGUUCACGAUAGCAAAUAGGUCAUCAGAUCAUCUGUUGACCUUAGGAAUUUUGCAAAAAGAUGUUGCUAUUCUAGAAAAGGAAGAUGUGCAAAGUAGAUUGGAGAAAAUUGGUUUUCAAAUAGAAAUUGUUGAAUCUCCAAUUUUAAGCUGGAUGAAACCCGAGAAAUUUCUAAACAGCAGUAUGUUCACUGGCCACGUCUUCUUACAGAAAGAUAAAUGGAUUUUACAUUUGGUUGUGUUUCAUCAAAGAGAGAAUUUCAUGUGGCAUGCCGCUUUGCUGUCUAAAGCAGAUUCCAGAACGCCUUCAAUAGAAUCUCUUUUUUUCGUGGACGCUGAUGCUGCUUUUGAAAAUUUCACUGCCGUGUCGCUUGGUAUUAAAGCUCAAAGUUUGAAGAGUCUAAGCAUUCCAACAAAUCCAGCUAGCUUCCUAUACCAGAUAGAAACAUCGAGAUUUCUGGAAUGCAAUGAAACUAUCGUCAAUUCAUUCAGGAAUCACCAUGUUUCUAAUCUUUCAACCGUUCACGAUUAUUCCAGUUUAUCUCAACAAGAGUUUAAUCAGCGCCUUUUAAUUACAAUAGAAGAGAUGAAACAAAAACUUGAUCCAAUGCUCAUACGGUUUUGGGUGUGGUCCGGAACUCUAUUAGGCUUGCACCGUCAGUGUGAUGUUAUACCAUAUACUUCAGAUGCUGAUUUUGCCACUUGGGCAAUGGAUGAUGAAGAUGCACGUGAAAUAAUAAAAUACUUUAAGAAAAAUGAACAUUUGCAUUUAAACGAGAAAUUAGGCUUGGUUGAAGAAGCAAUGGAGCUUAAAUUCAGAUGCCAUGGAUUAUCUGUGGAUUUAUUUUUUAUUUAUGAACAGGAAAAUGGUACUUGGUAUGCCGGUCAUAGCCCGUAUUAUGGUUACUAUUUUAAAUAUCAUCACCCAGCUUUUAGUUUAUGUUCCGCUGAACUUUUGGGUCAAAAAGUUAACACACCAUGUGAACCAGAAGAUGUAAUAUCAGCUGAAUAUGGUUCGAGUUGGAUGAAACCUGUCACCUCUUGGAGUUAUAAGUAUUCAGUGUAUAAUAGAGGACCAAAUAUUUAUUGGAAAAAAAGUUUAUUGAAAAAAGCCUAUCCAAAAACUUAAGAAAUGUGCUCAUUGAUUUAAUGUUAAUGCUAUUUCCAAAUGUUAUUUAUUUAUUUAUAUGUUUUUAAAAAUCGUUAUUAAAGGAUGGAAUGUAUAUUCUAAUUUAAAUAAU